UAUGAGGAAGUUAUAAUAACUGAUUCAUCAAUGAGUAGUGAUCAGUUGUCAAAUAUAAAUGGAUGUUUUACUCCUUAUUUUGAUAAUGUAACUUCUACUUUAUUUUUCUAUUGGAUACAAAAACAUAAUAUUUCGACAAAUACAUAUAACGAUUUAGUGGACAUAUUACAACAUUCUGAAUUUAAUGUAAAAGAAGUUGUAAAGAAUGAGUAG